UAAGGUAGAUGGGUACAUAACGCGUAGGCCCCUUGCACAUGGACACUUGAGUCAAGCAGUUGUGACUUGUGUUGCGAGCGCGUAACUCUACACCUUAAGCAGAGAAGGGUUUCCUUGUAGAAGACAAGGAAAUAACAAUAAUAGAUCAACAACAAUGUGAACGAUCGAACGGGUUCGCUCUGACGAUUGUCAGGACGUUAAUUUAUAAUAUGCCAAGCUUGAUAUUUUUCUAAAAACUGUAGCUUUUACUAUUUAUUAUAACCUCAAAAUGUACAAAGUGCUCUUUAUACUUGUGUGCAUAAUUGUUCAGGACGUUUAUGCAUCAUAUUGUUACCCAGAUUUUUGUCAAAAUACAACGAAUUUCAUACCAGAAUCUCAAGAACAAUGUUUACUUCAACCAGUAAAAAGGGGAGAAGACUGCAAGGAGAUGAGAUUUGAGAAUCUAGGGCAUGUACCACCUUCUGGAAAAGCUUUAGCACAAGUGUCAUUAACCGCAUAUGUUAAAGACUUGGAGGACAUUAAUGAAAAAGCUACUGCUUUUAAUUUUUCUAUUACUAAUAUUAAUUUUGACAGACUGAUUACUCGUUAUCAAAAUUUAGGGGACGAAGAGACUUCGUCUUGUCAUCGUGUCAAAUUUUACGGAAAUGUAACUACCUAUCCGUUAAAGGAAUUUCAUUUGUCUUGUCCCUUUUCUAAUAAUUCAUUUGAAAAUAACCCAUACCGAUUAGAAUAUCUUAUUUCUGGAGAUAAUUAUGAAUACAGUAGAAAGCUUGUAUUUAUAGUUCCUAAUCACAGAUUCAUUGAUCAAACUGUAAAGGAUGUUGCUUUUUACACACCAUUUAUUUACAUCGAUGUUUCUGAUGCCUCUAUAUUAACGUUAUACAUUCAACCUUUACCCCAACGGUUUAAUGUAUCUAAAUACAGAGUUUGGAUGAUGAACAAUGAUACAAAUAGUACAAAAGAAGUUACUCUUGAGAACUACAACAUAAAUCAAACGAUACAUCAUAAUUUUUCGGUCGAUAAUGGUGUGCUUUAUUUUAAAGUUGCCGCUCUUCAUCCCAUAUGUCAUAAGUACGGUUGUAUUAAUAGUACAUCACCUUUUAUAAGUAUAAAGCAACCGUCGCACCGGUUACUUAUUAUGAUAAUAAGUUUUAUUUGGAUACCUCCUGUGAUAUUAUACGUUAUAUAUCAUACUUAUAAAUUGUAUAAGAAAAAAGAAAUAUUAAAGAGAGCCGAAAGAAAACCAAAAUGCCUUUUGGUUUAUUCGCCAUCGCAUAUGGCUCAUGUUAAUGUAAUGAUUGACUUGGCACGUUACUUACGAUAUUGCAACAUUAAUGCAAUGAUCGAUACUUUGGAUAUUGCCGAAAGUACAAAUAAAGAUCCAGUUCUUUGGUGUAACGAAUCAUUCCACUCUGCGGAUGCAAUAAUAAUAGCGACAUCGCCACAGACCGAUGAAAUUGCUCCAGUUAUUUAUCGUAAUAUUGAUAACCAAGCGCUGCGUUUACUUAAAGAAAAUUACCCGCGUCGUAAUAAAAGAUAUUAUGCUCUUCAAUUCCCGUAUUGCAAAGCAAACGACAUUCCGAAAGAAGCGCGGCAAUUUAAGCGUUUCACGAUGCCCGAAGAAUUAGAUAAAUUAGUAAAAACAGUUCACGAAGUCGAAUAUAUACGUUUCUUUGGAGUGUCCGAUAAAGAUUUUGUUGAUUCCAUUAAAUUGGCCAAAUUACAGAUUGUUAAGACUGAAAGAAAUUUCCAAGCUGUAGAAGAAAAUGAAGAUCUUCUCCUACCAGAUUUACAAUUAAAAACAAGAAACUCAGAAAUUCUUCAACUAAAAGAAGUAGAUAUGAAAAAUACCGAUAGUUCAAUGAAUUCGACUGUAUUAAAAAAUUUUAAUACAAAUAUCGAAGAAUUGAAUUUACUUGGCGACGCUACAGACGGCAACGUUCAAACAUUUUGUUUCAAUUCAACAAACAGAGAUUCUGAAUUUCGUAUUGAUACUUUCAAUUUGUAAACUUUUAAUACCGCACAGUUUGUAAAACUGCU